ACUAUCACCCCCAACAUGACAUUUACUAAAACAUCCCAGAAGUUUGGCCAAUGGGCAGACAGCAGGGCAAAUACAGUCUAUGGCUUGGGAUUUUCAUCUGAACAUCACCUUUCAAAAUUUGCGGAAAAAUUUCAGGAAUUCAAAGAAGCUGCACGACUAGCAAAGGAAAAAUCCCAAGAAAAAAUGGAGCUAACAAGUACACCCUCUCAAGAAUCAGCUGGAGGGGAUAUUCAGUCUCCUUUAACGCCAGAAAGUAUUAAUGGGACAGAUGACGAGAGAGUGAUGCCAGAAGUGACGCAGAACUCAGAACCAAGGGCUGAACCAUCCCAGAACGCAUUGCCAUUUACCCAUAGUUCGACAAUCAGCAAGCAUUGGGAGGCAGAACUGGCUACGCUCAAGGGUAAUAAUGCUAAGCUCACAGCAGCCCUGCUGGAGUCCACUGCCAAUGUAAAACAAUGGAAGCAACAGCUUGCUGCAUAUCAGGAGGAAGCAGAACGUCUUCAUAAGCGGGUGACUGAGCUAGAGUGUGUGAGCAGUCAAGCCAAUGCAGUUCACACACAUAAAACGGAAUUAAACCAGACAAUACAGGAGUUAGAGUCUACGCUGAAGAAAAAAGAAGAGGAAAUAGAAAGAUUGAAACAAGAAAUCGAUAGUGCCAGAGAGCUCCAGGCACAGAGGGAUUCUCUGACCCAGAAGUUACAGGAAGUAGAAAUUCGAAACAAAGACCUGGAAGGCCAGCUGUCUGAUCUAGAGCAACGUCUGGAGAAAAGUCAGAAUGAGCAAGAAGCUUUUCGCAAUAACUUGAAGACACUUUUAGAAAUUCUUGAUGGAAAAAUAUUUGAACUAACAGAGUUACGAGAUAAUUUGGCCAAGCUAAUAGAAUGCAGCUAA